AUGUUGAUCAUACCGAAUAUUAUCAUCACCAUUCUAUUUAUAUCAUGUUUCAUUUUAAAUUCCAUUUCAAUUUGCCUUUGUUUGAGUGCAUUAUUUUUACUUAUAUUAACAUAUCUUGAUUUGGGACAUUUUCUUGGUGUUGGUGGUCGUGAAACGUCGUCGUCGUCGUCGUCGUCCUCGAAUUUUCCAGACCACCACCACCACAUUUUCAAUCCACAAUCACUAUCAAAUGAUGAUCAUGAUGAUGAUCAAUUGAAUUUAAUAUUUUAUCUACUAUUCUAUUUAGCUGUAGCCAUAUUGGGCGUUAUUGGUGCAACAAGAAAUUCAUAUCAAACAAACAAAUUAACCUAUCUAACAUGUCAUGUUUUAUUACUUGGUUCAAUCAUCUGUUAUAAUCUUAUUGCAUGGUUUCAUUUUCGUUCAUAUUCACCAUUGAAUCGUACUAGUGAAAAUGAUCCAAAUUUAUUAUUAGCAUCAUUAUUUGAUUUUGUUGAUUUUCUAAUUGGUUUAUUACUAAUUGCAUUAAUUCUGAAUUCUAAACAACAACAACAACAACAACAGAAUCAUCAUCAUCAUCAACAACAACAACAACAGCAAAAACAUAAUCAUCGAAAUUCCAUUACACCGAUCACAUUAUCAUCCAAUCAAUCAGCCUACAUGAUUGAUUGAUAGAAUU